AUGGUGCUGAGGAUAUUUACGGUACUCGUUGUUGUUUGUGUUGUUCAAUUAUUACCGAGGUGCGAGGCUGCCUCGGCACAUAUCAGAAGUCAUCAACACAAGACCAAUGGAAAUGAAAGAUUGGAAGACGGAGCAUUUAGUCCCCGAGACAGUGAUCACUAUGUUGAUGGAGAGCAUCACAAUGAAUUUGAUCAUGAAGCUAUUUUGGGAAGUGUCAAAGAAGCAGAGGAGUUUGACAAAUUACCAGCAGCUGACAUGCUGACUGAAGAAGAGUCUAAAGAUAGACUGGAGGAUGCAGACUCAAACGAAGACGGCCGAAUAACCUGGGAGGAAAUUUUACACGACACCUACGGCUCCGAUCCAGAAGAUUUGGCUAUAGAUGAAAAACUAGUGAGCGAUGACAAGGCGACUUUUGACAUGGCUGAUCAAGAUAAAGACGGAUUUUUAAAUACUCAAGAAUUUAAAGCUUACACACAUCCUGAGGAGACUCCAAGAAUGUUUCCUUUCCUGCUGGAGCAAGCUCUCGAUGAAAAAGAUACCGAUAAAGACGGAUUUAUUAGUUUCCAAGAGUUCAUUGGAGUCAAAGCCAAGAAUGAGAAUAAAGAGUGGUUGCUCGUAGAAAAAGAUAAGUUUGAUCAUGAGCAUGAUAAAAACGGCGAUGGUAAAUUAGAUUCUACUGAGAUAUUGGCCUGGCUUGUUCCCAGUAAUGAAGACCUGGCGACUGAUGAAGUAGACCAUUUAUUCGCAGCGUCUGACGAUGAUCAUGACAAUAGAUUGUCUUUUGAAGAAAUCCUCGAGCACCAUGACGUAUUCGUAGGCAGCGAGGCCACUGACUACGGUGACUACCUCCAUGACAUUGAACGUUUCACCGACGAGCUUUGA